CUUUUGCUCCUCCAUAAAAGCCCAAUUUCACGUGCAAAUCCCUAAAAUAAUGUUAACGUGACGUGCUUGAUUUAUUCAUGUUUUAAAAGCGUGAAAGAGGACUUGCGCUGUUCCUCAGGAGGAUUUCUGUGCAUGUGCUCAGAGAUGGAACAGAAAACGGACAAUAAAGUCAUCUUUUAGCUUAAGAAGCACCGUCCUCUGACAUGACUUGAGAAGUGUCGGCUUUGAAAGAGAAGUCAAGUUGUCUGCAUUCACAAAGACAUGAACUUAGAUGGGGACAGCAGCAUGUCAGUCAGUUGUGGGAAUGGCAAACUUAGACAGUGGCUCAUCGAUCAGAUUGACAGCGGGGAGUAUUCCGGCUUGGUUUGGGAAAAUGACGAGAAAACCAUUUUCAGGAUUCCCUGGAAGCACGCUGGGAAACAGGACUACAACCGCGACGAGGACGCAGCGCUCUUCAAGGCUUGGGCCCUGUUUAAAGGCAAGCACAGAGAAGGCUUGGACAAACCAGACCCUCCAACAUGGAAGACGAGGCUCCGCUGUGCCCUGAACAAGAGCAAUGACUUUGAUGAGCUGGUGGAGAGAAGCCAGCUGGACAUCUCAGAUCCUUACAAGGUCUACAGGAUAAUACCAGAAGCAGCCAAGAGAGGCUCUAAGUCCAGCAAUAUGGAUGACAGCGUGGCACACGUGGCUCCUAUUAGUUAUCCUAUGCAUUCCCCAUAUCCUCCUCUACAGCCUCAGAUGCCGGGAUACAUGCUGCCUCAGGAGAGACGAGAAUGGAAGGAAUACAGCGGCGAUCAGCCUCAUCCUCAGGCUCCUCACGCGGAGUUACCGUAUGGCCAGUGUCCGUAUCCACCCACGCGCUCCUUACCCUGGCACCCAUCGGCCUGUGACAACGGGUAUCAGAUAUCUGGCUCCUUCUACACAUAUUCACCGACAGAAACCCAUCCAGUGGCAAUGGACCCCGGUAUAAGAUCGGCCGAAGCCAUGGCUAUUUCAGACUGCCGCCUGCACGUCUCUCUGUACUAUCGCGAGUCUCUGGUGAAGGAGGUGACCACCAGCAGUCCUGAAGGCUGUCGAAUCUCCUCCUCUUCGUCUCCAGGAUCCCCCUCGUCCCCGUCGUCCCCGGGCCCCGAGGAGCGUCUGUACGGCGGGGCCGAGCCCGUGCUCUUGCCCUUCCCGUACCCUCAGUCGCAGCGGCGCGGGGCCGAGAAGCUGCCUAACGUGCUGGAGCGCGGCGUGCUGCUGUGGCUGGCUCCGGACGGGCUUUACGCCAAGCGCCUGUGCCAGGGCCGCGUGUACUGGGAGGGCCCGCUGGCCCCGUACGCUGACAAACCCAACAAGCUGGAGAAAGAGCAGACCUGCAAGCUGAUGGACACACAGCAGUUCCUCUCAGAAUUGCAGGGCUUCGUUCACCACGGCCGUCCCAUGCCACGCUCUCAGGUGGUGCUGUGUUUCGGAGACGAGUUUCCAGACCCUCAACGGCAGAGCAAAAUGAUCACAGCUCAGGUGGAGCCCAUGUUUGCCCGACAGCUCCUGUAUUUUGCAGGCCAGACCAACAGGCACUACCUGGGCGGAUAUGAGCUUCAGAGUCCAGGUGCUUUACCUGUAGAAGAGUAUCAGAGAAGCAUCCAGCACUUGCAGGAGUAACAGCCUUCACAUGAAACCAGCUGCGAUACUGCAAAGCCCAGCCGCUCAUACAGACAGAGGAGACUAAUGAAAGCCAAUGGAAGUUCAUUGACAUUGUAAUGAAGACUUGAAAUCAUAUAGCGAUUACCUGACCAAGUGCACACUUUUACAUCCCAAAAGCUACAAACAUCCAGCUCUUCGGACACCGUACAGUAUUGGAUGCUGUCAUUUUUUAAUGAAAUUCUUCAAAGUUUCAGGUGAAUUAUGUCUCAUUAAGUUCAAAAGUCUGAGAACACAUGGAAAAAAAUGUGUUUAUGUUUUAUUUUUUUGUUUAUGUCAGCUUCUUUGCUGCUGUCAUGAAAGCAAAACACAUGCUAAAACAUUGUCAGAUUGAGUUCAUUUCAAUUCAGCGUUUCACUCAAAUCAUGCUGAUAAUAUAAUUUGUAGUGACAAAGGUUGUGUUAAAUUAGAAAAGAAUGCAAAUUAUAAGUUUCAUAUGGACAUUUCAGAAAGAAGCUAACCAAAAAUAAAACUAUUUUUCUCAUAACAUAUAGUAAUUGUUUGAUAGUGGGUCAAAUAUUUUUGAUAAGUUGAUGUAUAGUUGCAUAGAUUUUCUUUUACCGGUCUGUACUGCUUCUGCUUUUCUAACACAAUUCUCUAUUUUUCUCAUUGUUUUUAACUCGGCACCGUGUAAGUAUUUAUAAUGCAUGCAUGUAGGUUUCUAUAUGCACAGCAGAAUGUACUGUA